CCAUCCAUACAUAAGUGUGGGUUGAGUGUCCAUCAGGUUUGUUUGGGUUUCAGUCGAAAUUGUUUGGGUUUUUAACCGUUUCAAUGGCGACCACAAAUGGCGAUCCAGGGUCGACUUCGUUGAACUCUAAUGAAGAAGAGAUGAAUAUAUUCUUGAAGGUCAUGAAAACAGUGGCCUUAAAGGUGAAUAGGUCAGAGAGAAUUAAAGAUAUUAAAGCUAAGUUUCAGGAAAAGGAAGGCAUUUCAGGAAAGAUUCAUGGUCUCUUCUUUAAUGGGAAUGAACUCAAGGACAGUCAAACACUGGUUGAUUAUGCUGUCCAGAGGGACUCAACCCUCCAUCUGUUUCUUCAAAGUUCAGUUGGAAUGAAUUUAUUUGUCAGGCUACCACCAAACCAGAGAACCAUAGUACUUGGAGCAGACAAACGGGAUUUGGUCCAAAACAUCAAGGCUAUGAUUCAGGAACAGGAGGGGAUUCCACAGAACUGCUUCACACUAAUCUAUUCUGGAAGAAAACUUGAAGAUGGCUGGACAUUGGCUGCUAACAAUGUUCAGAAUGAAGCAACCUUGCAAUUGGUUUUUAAUCCUAGAGAUACGAUUACAAUAUCUGUGAAAACACCAUCUGCAAAGACCCUGAGGCUUGAAGUGAAGAUGUUGUACACCAUCCAUGAUGUCAAAUUGAUAGUCGAGUGCAUGAGUGGCAUCCCUAUUUACCAACAGAAGCUUAUUUAUGCUGGACAGCACCUUGUAGAUGGCCAGACUUUGGCUCAUUAUAACAUCACUGAAGAGUCUGUAAUAGAGAUGUUACCUUCCUCAUUUCAGAUAUUUGUCAAGACAUGGAGUGGAAAGACCAUAACACUUGAAGUUGAGAGUUCUAAUACUGUCGGGGAUGUAAUGGCAAAGAUUAAUCAAAAGCUUGGAGUUUCAAAUGCUCUGCAGCGCCUUGAAUUUGCUGGAAGACGGCUUGAGGAGGGUGCAAGCCUGAGUAGCUAUGUGAUCCAGAAGGAUUCCACUCUAAAUCUUGUUUUAUCACCUGCAGGAACAGUAACAGGAACCCUGUUGCAUUGUUGGUAGAUCUCUUAAAUACUGUACGUGAAGUGAAGGCUAUGAUCCAAAACAGCAUGGGACUUGUACCAACUGAGCUCUUCUAUUAAUGGGAUUGAAAAUGAGAGAUUCACAUACUCUGGCAGAUUACUGUAUUCAGGACUCGUCAUUCGUCAACGCUAUUAUUUCUUUCUAAGCAGUCUUAGUGAGGAAUGAGGUUUCCUUCAGUCUCCUGUUGUCCUCUUUGGUUUCCAUUUUUUGGUUUCAGCAGAUGCAGGUUGUAGACCCACUCACUCCCUACUCCCAACAAAAGCUAGACUAUGUUUGUGGGCAUUUUGGUCAGCGACAUGUAUCACCAUCGGAGCUUGCAGCCUUUUGUUGAAAAGGUAUUUUGUCAAUAGCUAAUGUGUAGUUUGUAAAUUUCUGAAGUGUAUGUAGGAGGAAACCUGUACUGAAUGUGGUGGUUCGUAGACCUCCUUGACCAUAUUGCCUUCUGGCUAAGCUUCUCUUGUCUGUCUCGGCCGUGGCUUUAGAGAAAACACUGACCUGUGGUCUAUACUGGCCAAUGCAAUUUACUGUCAUGAUUUCGCUUGAA